GUCCUGGUGCUGCACCACAUCCUCAUCGCUGUUGUCCAAUUCCUCAGGCGGGGCCAGCAGGUCUUCCUCAAGCCGGACGAGCCGCCGCCGCCGCCGCCGCCAUGCGCCGACAGCCUGCAGCCAGCCAGGACUUCCUUGCACAGGAGCCAGAGCCCCCUGGGAGUAGAGACGACCGCCUGGAGGAUGCUUUGCUGAGCCUGGGCUCUGUCAUCGAUGUUGCUGGCCUGCAACAGGCUGUCAAGGAGGCACUCUCCGCUGUGCUCCCCAGAGUGGAGACCGUCUACACCUAUCUGCUGGACAGGGAGUCCCGGCUGGUGUGUGAGGACCCCCCACAUGAGCUGCCCCAGGAGGGGAAAGUCCGAGAGGCUGUGAUCUCCCGGAAGCGUCUAGGCUGCAAUGGGCUGGGCCCUUCUAACCCGCUGGGGAAGCCCUUGGCGAGGCUGGUGGCUCCACUGGCUCCUGACAGCCAAGUGCUGGUCAUACCGCUGGUGGACAAAGAGGCUGGGACUGUGGCAGCCGUCAUCUUGGUGCACUGUGGUCAGCUGAGUGACAAUGAGGAGAGGAGCCUGCAGGUGGUGGAGAAGCAUACCCUAGUGGCCCUGCGGAGGGUGCAGGCCCUGCAGCAGCGCGGGCUCGGCGCGGUCCCCAGAGCCGCCCCGAACCCCCCAGCGGAAGCGGCAGAAGACCAGAAGGGCGGGGGAGCGUACACCGACCAAGACCGCAGGAUCCUGCAACUGUGCGGGGAACUCUACGACCUGGAUGCCUCUUCCUUGCAGCUCAAAGUCCUCCAAUACCUGCAGCAGGAGACCCGGGCGUCCUGCUGCUGCCUCCUGCUGGUGUCCGAGGACAGCCUCCAGCUUUCCUGCAAGGUCAUCGGAGAUAAAGUGCUGGGAGAAGAGAUCAGCUUUCCGUUGACAAUGGGACGUCUGGGCCAGGUGGUGGAAGACAAGAAGUCCAUCCAGCUGAAGGAUCUCACCUCUGAAGAUGUGCAACAGCUGCAAAGCAUGUUGGGCUGUGAGCUGCAGGCUAUGCUCUGUGUCCCUGUCAUCAGCCGGGCCACUGACCAGGUGGUGGCCUUGGCCUGCGCCUUUAACAAGCUCGGAGGAGACUUGUUCACAGAGCAGGACGAGCACGUGAUCCAACACUGUUUCCACUACACGAGCACCGUGCUCACCAGCACCCUGGCCUUCCAGAAAGAGCAGAAGCUCAAGUGCGAGUGCCAGGCUCUUCUCCAAGUCGCAAAGAACCUAUUCACUCACCUGGAUGACGUCUCUGUCCUGCUCCAGGAGAUCAUCACAGAGGCGAGAAACCUCAGCAAUGCGGAGAUCUGCUCCGUGUUCCUGCUGGAUCAGAACGAGCUGGUGGCCAAGGUGUUCGACGGGGGCGUGGUGGAUGAUGAGAGCUACGAGAUCCGCAUCCCAGCCGACCAAGGCAUCGCGGGCCACGUGGCGACCACGGGCCAGAUCCUGAACAUCCCGGACGCGUAUGCCCACCCGCUUUUCUACCGCGGCGUGGACGACAGCACCGGCUUCCGCACGCGCAACAUCCUCUGCUUCCCCAUCAAGAACGAGAACCAAGAGGUCAUCGGUGUGGCCGAGCUGGUGAACAAGAUCAAUGGACCGUGGUUCAGCAAGUUCGAUGAGGACCUGGCGACCGCCUUCUCCAUCUACUGUGGCAUCAGCAUCGCCCAUUCUCUCCUAUACAAAAAAGUGAAUGAGGCCCAGUAUCGCAGCCACCUGGCCAAUGAGAUGAUGAUGUACCACAUGAAGGUCUCUGAUGAUGAAUAUACCAAACUUCUUCAUGACGGGAUCCAGCCUGUGGCUGCCAUUGACUUCAACUUUGCCAGUUUCACCUACACGCCUCGCUCUCUGCCCGAGGAUGACACGUCCAUGGCCAUCCUGAGCAUGCUGCAGGACAUGAAUUUCAUCAAUAACUACAAAAUUGACUGCCCAACACUGGCCCGGUUCUGUUUGAUGGUGAAGAAGGGCUACCGGGACCCCCCCUACCACAACUGGAUGCAUGCCUUUUCCGUCUCCCACUUCUGCUACCUGCUCUACAAGAACCUGGAGCUCACCAACUACCUCGAGGACAUCGAGAUCUUUGCCUUGUUUAUUUCCUGCAUGUGUCAUGACCUGGACCACCGAGGCACAAACAACUCCUUCCAGGUGGCCUCGAAAUCUGUGCUGGCCGCGCUCUACAGCUCCGAGGGCUCUGUCAUGGAGAGGCACCACUUUGCUCAGGCCAUUGCCAUCCUCAACACCCACGGUUGCAACAUCUUCGACCACUUCUCCCGGAAGGACUAUCAGCGCAUGCUGGACCUGAUGCGGGACAUCAUCUUGGCCACGGACCUGGCCCACCACCUCCGCAUCUUCAAGGAUCUUCAGAAGAUGGCUGAAGUGGGCUAUGACCGAACCAACAAGCAGCACCACAGACUCCUCCUCUGCCUCCUGAUGACCUCCUGUGACCUCUCAGACCAGACCAAGGGCUGGAAGACCACGAGGAAGAUCGCGGAGCUGAUCUACAAAGAAUUCUUCUCCCAAGGAGACUUGGAGAAGGCCAUGGGCAACAGGCCGAUGGAGAUGAUGGACCGUGAGAAGGCCUACAUCCCCGAGCUGCAGAUCAGCUUCAUGGAGCACAUCGCAAUGCCCAUCUACAAGCUGUUGCAGGACCUGUUCCCCAAGGCGGCAGAGCUGUAUGAGCGUGUGGCCUCUAACCGUGAGCACUGGACCAAGGUGUCCCACAAGUUCACCAUCCGUGGCCUCCCAAGCAACAACUCGCUGGACUUUCUGGACGAGGAGUAUGAGGUGCCCGAGUUGGAUGGCACUAGGGCUCCCGUCAAUGGCUGCUGCAGCCUGGAUGCUGAGUGAUCUCUUCCUGGGACCUGUCCCCACCCAGGCCUCCUCCCACAACCCUCCACUGGUCUGGCCAGAGGCACUGGGAAACAGAACCAUGGGUUCCAGAAUCUAGACCCUAGGCAAGUACCAACCUGCCUGGGCCUCAGCUUUCUUAUCUAUAUAAUGGAAACAAGACUUCCAGCAUCACCCAAACUUUGUAAUUUGUCCUCUGAGAGCGCAGGAGUGACCCACGAGCAGUAGGCCCUGCUCUGCACCUCCGACCACACCUUGGCAAGUCCUCCCCAAACCACUGUUUCUCUGAGCAGCCUGGAUGGUUUCUCCUGUGUCCCAUUCCCGCCCCACCAGAUCUGUGCCCUUUUCCCCUGAGGGACCUCCACCCCCUGGGGUCUCCAGGAUCCUUAUAGAAGUAGAAGGUAGGACAUCUGAGUGAGCAGAGGGUGGGGUCUUGGAAACAGUCAUUAGGUCUGCUGGAGGACCAGAAACAGCCAUGAGGCUAAGGUGCCCUGAGGACCACCACUAUACUUAAGGUGGGGAUUGGGACCUGGGGGAUACAGGAGCCCUAGGAGGGAGCUGCCAGAGGGGAAGCUCAGUGCUCUGGGGAGGAGGAUCAGGAAGAAAGCAGGAUGGGAAUGAUGGGCAGGAAGGAUCCCAGUCUGGGAGACAGGCCCAGGUGUGAGCCAGCGAUGGUUCUUCCUGACUGUGGGACCCUGGGCAAGUCCCUUCCCCUAUUUGGGUGAAACAGGAGAGAAAGACAAUCCAUUCUCUAAGACUCCUUUAGAUCAAAGUCUUCAUAUCCCUGUGGAGUCCCAGCAGAGGCUGUGGAAUGUCUCUGCCACCCUAGGGCACAGAGAUCCCAGCCCUGAGUCCCUCAGUGGCCCCCUGAAUGUACCCCCUGGCCUCCCCACUUCCCUAUUCCUGCAGCGAGAGAGGGACCUGGCCUCAACCCUGUCAGGGCUUCUCUCCUCUUUCAAGGCCAUAUCCGCCUGUACCCCAGAGCUUGGGAGACCCCAUAGGGCUGGGCCUCUUGGGUUGGCCCACCGCUGGCUUCUCUCUUCUCUGUUCUGUACGUGUUGUGGGGUGGGGGGAGGGGGGCCACCUGCCUUACCUAUUCUGAGUUGCCUUUAGAGAGAUGCAUUUUUCUAGGACUUUGUGCAACUGUUGUAUAUGGUCCUGUGGGCUGACUGCUUUGUACAUGAGAAUAAAUCUAUUUCUUUCUACCAAC